AUGACGAUGAAGAUAGUUCCCAAACACAAUGACACUGAAACCACUGAGUUUGUCCCGCUGGGACUGACCAGUCGGCCAGAGCUGCAGCCCAUACUUUUUGUGGUGUUUCUCCUGAUUUACCUCAUCACCCUGACAGGAAACAUUGCCAUGAUUUUACUAAUACGCUUCAGUCCUCAACUGCAACCCCCCAUGUACUUUUUCCUCACCCAUUUAGCCUGUGUGGGUAUUUUUUACUCCACUAAUGUCUCUCUCCAGAUGCUUGUUAAUUUCUUAUCUUUAAAGAAAACCAUUUCCUACACUGGGUGUCUUGCCCAGUGUUUUGUGUUUGUGACUCUGCUCCUUACUGAGUACUACAUGCUCGAUGCCAUGGCCUAUGACGGGUACAUGGCAAUCUGUAAUCCCCUGCAUUACACCAGCAGCAUGUCCAGACCUGUUUGCACCUGCCUGGUCACCUUCCCCUACCUGUGGGGCUCUAUGGUAGGCACAAUGCAGGUAACAUUGACUUCUCGCCUGUCCUUUUGUGGAUCCAACACUGUCAACCAUUUCUACUGUGCUGACCCACCCCUCCUAAUGUUGACAUGUUCUGAUACUUACAUCAAGCAAACUGCCUUGUUUGUGUCUGCAGGGAUUAACCUCACAGGUUCUUUGCUCAUCAACCUCAUUUCUUACAUUUUCAUUUUCAUCACCAUUAUGAGGAUGCACUCCAGUGAGGGGCAGAGCAAAGCCUUCUCCACCUGUGGCUCCCACUUGACAGCUGUCACGAUGUUCUACGGGUCCCUCUUCUGCAUGUAUCUGAGGCCGGCAAACAAGCAGUCUGUUGAGCAAGGGAAAAUUGUGGCAGUAUUUUGUAUAUUUGUGAGUCCCAUGCUCAACCCUUUCAUCUACAGCCUGAGGAACAAGGAUGUGAAACAAGCUUUGAGAAGAGCAUUUAGGAAAAACCUUGGUAAAAGGGAGAAAAGUUCCAUUUCUACUGUCUCCCAAUAAACAAUGAGUCUCAAAAACAACCAAAACUAUCCCUUCCCUUGGUUCAGCCUGAAUCCAGUUGUCUGGACUAUCAA